GCAAAGGGCCGCGGUAAACCUGUGAUUAAUAUCUUCAGUUGUAGGAUGUCAUUGUCAUCAAGAACCAGCAACAUCCGUAACCUCCCCUGCAGUUUUGGUUCUGGUAAGUGAGGGUUGCUAAUACAGAAGAGAUCUGUAAAAGCAAAAUUUGAACAGGAACUCAGACGCUCUUGAACUUUCCUGGGCUCCGCUUGUGUGGCGCUUCAGUAGAAAGAACUGAAAAACCAGAUUUACAAUAAAGAACACCAUAUUUUUGCUAUCAGCCUUAACAACCCAGAGAAACAUACAGCAAGAUGACUGCAGGAGCCUCGUGGACUUCUUUGUGACCAGGAGGUGCAGCGUCGGCAAUAACAUCGCGGCGACCGCAAGAUGUGAGGCGAGUAUUUUUGCAGCUACGUACUUAUCUACGUGCAGCCGACGCGGCACGACCCCAUCAGCCCCACCGCCGUUGUUCAUCAUGUUGCCUUCUCGUCUCACUUACUUACUUUUCAACACGUUGUUUGCAUCUAGAUCUAGCCCAAGCCCGCUAGGCUAGUACAAGAACCGCUGAGGCCGCCGCUGCAUCAGAAAGUAGAAAAAGCACGAGCACGACUACAAGAACUCCAUCAGAACUUCUACGUCGGACCAUCACCAGCACCACCACUACCAUCAUGUUGGCCCGCACCACUUCGGCCGGAGAUCCUAGUACCGCCAAGCCCUCUUCUUCCGAUUUGAAAAGCCCGAUUGUCUUCCGCGACCGCAACCUCACUUCCGUUCACUACAUUACGAAUGACACGGUGAACCACUUCGUGCAAACCCAGGGGAAGCAGUUUUCGCUCUUCAAAUUUGGCGACCCGGCUAGCGUGGAGUACUAUGCGGAACAAUUGGUGGCGAAGAUCAGGGAGAGGUAUCGCAAGAAAAAACUGUUCCAUUGUAAACCUGUAAUGCAGAAAAUGCAUCACUGAAGUGUUUGUCUUGCUACACAUGCAAGACAAGUGAUUUUUAGCGGUGUUUUCCCUUGGGAUCCUCGCAGGGCAAGUUUUCCUUGUAAUGUGUGGCGAACUUGUAAUGCAAAACUUGCAAAAUUCUUACAGUGAAGCAGUUUUUUCUUACGAUAAGAGGUUUGGAAAGAGGAUUGAGGCGAUUUUGAAAGUAGAUUCAUCAUCUUCACUUUCUUCUGGGAGUUCUUGUUGUAAUGCUUCGCAUCAAGAAUUACCCGCAGGAGGAGCUGUUGUCUUCCCAGCUUCCGCAGGACGAACGCAGGAAUUACAGGGUCUUUCCUACGCCUCUUCCGCCACGUCUGCGGCAUCAGCAUCCUCUGCGAGUAGCAGCUCAAAUUCCUCGUGCGAGGAAUUAGUAGAUCAGGAAAUGCCGGAUGUUGCGGACAAUUUUUGCCACCAGCAAGGUAGUCCUCAAAAUUCGAAAGUGGUCUCCUUCCAAGCGGCCUUUGCGAAUUCCAUGCAGAAGAGUGAGUUUCAACAUCCGGAACAUAUCCUGGCUAAAAACGUCCCCACACCAGAGUUGUAAUGUAGAUUUACAAAAACAGGAAGACUUGUAAUGCGCAUCCCCAUGAGAGCCAUUUCCAGUCGUGUUUUGGAAUUUGUGAUGCGGUGAACAGGAUGAGCAGAUGAAUCUGUGACGCGGCUGCACUUGCUAACCUGCACUACACUGCGGAGUGCAGCCUGUCAUGCGUGACUCACAAAACUCCUAGGCUUGUGUUGCAAAAUCCCCAUCCUGACUCUGGUGUGGGGACGUUUUUCCUCAGGAUAGAACAAACAACAACUUCAACCCAGCAACUUCUUCUGCACAACAACAACGCCCCGCUAGACAUCGACUCUCCUGUGCUGCUGAAAAAGCGCAAAUCGACGGACAACAGCCUGCUGGAACCGCAGCACCGGGGCGAGGACAUCAAUCCUGUUGCCCAUGUAGGUCCUCUUGGCACGGAGUUCUUGUCAGGAGCCAACGGCGAACAGGAUCAUAUGGCAGUGUCAGGAUUGAAAUCGACAAAGUUGCAAUAGUUUGUGAUGCAUAAAACGGAUACCAUUUGGCGCCUAGGCCUAGUUUUCAAGUGGCGCAUGACAAAUUUGGGUAGAGCCGAAAUCCAGUUUGUAAUGCUGUUUGGGUAGGGAAGACCCCUUUUGUCAUGCUACUUUAGCAGCUCUAUUGCUACCCCUCAACAGGCUUACAAUCUGCCUCCCUUGCCUACCCUGCAAGACAGGCACUCUGUGGCUUGCAUUUCAUGCAUCACAAACUAUUUCAACCUUGACGAUUUCAAUCCUGACACAUCCAUAGAUCAAAACGGAGUCGCAGAAGGUGUUGUACCCCCACUGCAUCUGGAAGGCGGACGAGCAGCAAAUAAUAAUGCAAAAACGCUGAAUUUCCAGCAAAUACCCUCCAACAAACCUACCCCGACAAAGAAGAAGUCCGUCCGCUUUAUGGAUUGCAAAAAUGUCUGGGUCUGGAAGAAUGCAACUUGUCAUGCUGUCUUUGGAUUCCAAAAAAAUCUGCAUUGCGUGACCAGCAUCAGGAGUCCAGUUUGUGUUAAGUACGCGGAGAGGGCAUUUCUCAUGCGGAAUAGGCAUCAGGAAGGCCUCUAAAAAUAAAUCUGUGAUGCUAGAUCGUGCAUUCGAUGCGUCACGGAUCAUAGAAAACAUGCAUCACAAAUCCCGGCAUCUUCCAGACCCAGACAUUUUUGCAUUUGAUACGCUUGCUGAUCGAGCAGUUAGAUUCUGCCGAUUGGGACGACGGGACGCCGAAGGUCUCGGAGCGCUGUAUACUCCUCGCCACGAAAACGGAGAACCACCAAUCUCCUUCCCAGCUGGUAGAUUUAUCAGCUUCUCCUUGUUUGGACAGCAGUGUAAAAGUGAAAAAGAAGUUAUGCAAUGUAAAUUUCCCGUACAUGUACAAAAUGCAUGACAAAUUUUGCUAACUUGCAGUGUACAACUUGUCAUGCUAGACUAGGGUUGAAGGCAAAUUUUGUCAUGCAGAGACAGCAUUUGUACAUCGUGUACAGGAAAUUUCCUGUGGAUAGAAGUACCCGCGGACGCCGGCAAACGUGUUAUCCUGUGCAAAAGUAUCGUACUCGUAUUGCAAUCAUGCAUUACAAAUCUUGUUCUUAAGGCAAAUCCGCAUUACAAAUUUCAUUUCUCAUGCUGAGAAAAUUUGUAAUCCAUUUAUACGAGUACGAUACUUUUGCACAGGAUACGUGUUGAAAUUAGCCGAUACGAAGUGUAACUUGAUGGCAGGAGGUUGUUCAACUUCUUCGCGUAUGCUGUGUAAAAAUGUCCCCAACUACCCAUAGUCAAGAUGGGAAUAAAUCUGCAACACAAAUCUCGAAGUUUUGGGAUUUCUGAAUGACAAGUUUCCAUCUGCAGUGUAGUGCUGGUUAAUAGCAAGGAAAGCCGCAGGACAAAGCCAGUUCCUCAUCCUGUUUGCAGCAUUACAAAUUCCAAAACAGGAUUGGAAAUGCCUCACAUGUGGAUGCGCAUUGCAAAUGUUUCUGUCAUUGCGCAUUUGCGUGACAACUCUGGGGUGGGGACGUUUUUGCUGAGGAUAUCGCGAGUUGCAACUUCUUCUGCUUCCACGUCUGGCUACGUCAUGCCCGGGACGACGGAUUAUAUAAUGGCCGAUGAAGAUAUGGAAGCGUCAGGAUCGAAAUCGUCAAAGUUGAAAUGAUCUGCAAUGCAGAAAAGUGAUACAAGCUGGAGCCCAGUUUGCAAGGUGCGCAUGACAAAUUUUGGGAGCAUCGAAAUCCAAUUUGUCAUGCUGUUUAAGCAGACAAGACUGCUUUUGUCAUGCUCUUGUAGCAGCUCUAUCUCACACCCCAAGCAGGCGUAGAAUCGGCCGCAGUUGCCUGCUCUGCAAGACAGGCCCUUUGCGCCUAGCAUUUUAUGCAUCACAAACUAUUUCAACUUUGACGACUUCAAUCCUGACACUCCCAUAGAAGAUGAUGAGAACACACCCCGCCCGGCAGAGCAUAAGAUGAACCAGAUGGGUCGUGACUUUUGUGAGAAUAAUAAUACUCUGCAACCUCCGCUGCGUGCCAUGAACUCCUCCUCUUCAAUGCUGAACGACCACUACAACACAGACAGCACGUCGUUGAGCAGCUCCUUCUUUCCGCCAGCACUGGCAGGAGCUUCUUCUGGUGCAACGUCUUCGGUAGUUCUUUCAUCUGGGAGUCAGGUGUCUGCCAGCUUGAAACGGUCCUCAAGAACGGUUAACAAGCCAUCACCUAGUUCAGAUGACCAGCAGAAAACUGCAGGGUUGUAUCCUGGGACGAGCAGCAGUGUCGAUGGUAACGUGAUGAAACAAGUUCCCCCACCGUUGUUAAUGAUCACUUCGUACACGAAUAACGACAUCACCAGCUUGACCAGCGGUGGAAUCGGUCUUGAGCCUGCAGUAUCCCACGAAAAAACUGUUUCACUGUGAUGGUUUUGCAAGAUCCGCAUCACAAGUUUUCUACACAUGACACAGAAACUUUGCCAUGCGUGCUUCCCAAGGGAAAACACGCUUAAAAACCCAAAGCCUUGCAGGUGUAGCAAGACAAAUAGUUUAUUUGUUCCAUUCCCAUUGUUCUAUGCAUCAUAAUUUCACAGUGAAACACUUUUUUCUUGCGAUAUGCAGCUACGAUGAACAGCACCAGCGAUGUAGUAGAAGUCCUUGACAGCACGACAGGAAUAGAACAACUACACAAGGAGAAAAAAGAGCAGAAUAAAACAACGACCCCCGUCGCCCUCCCUCCGAAGAAAAAGCGGCCCAGGACACUGAAACGGGCAUCAACUGAGUUCUUCUGCGCAGAUCCGAGCGCGGCGCUAGGGGCGGUAGGUGGCACGGCAACUGCAUCGACGUCGUCAAGAAUGCAUCCCGGAGUUUCAUGUGGGAGCAACGACAUGCAGGUCAUGGAUACAGUGGUGGAGGAAACUGCAGACGAACAAGCUGCAAUGCUGUUCUCCUCGUAUCGCAAGAAAAAAGUGUUACAGUUACACAUUGUGAUGCAAGACUGGCAACACAGACAACCUUUCUCAUGCAGGAAAUGCUUGGGAACCUCGUUUCCUUCCUGUUUUCCCUUAUGAUUUGCGCAUUACAAGUUUUCUCUGCCACACAGAGAAAAUUUGUGAUGCAGAAACCGCAACAAAAGUGUAACUGGAGCACUUUUUUCGUACGAUACCUCGUCAACAGCCUCUACUACCACAGCUGCUGCGUCCGCCUCAUCUUCUGCCGCCUUUUCGAGUUCUUUUCAAGCAUCAGAUAGGACGAUCGACGGAAGUUUCGGAUUUCAGGAGGCCACAGGCCAGAGCGUUAGCUUCUCUUCGACUUACUGUAGUGCCGGAAAUUUCUUACUGGCUCCUGCGGCCUCAGGUAGAAUUAUGAUGUAAUUUAUUUGUGUACUUAGUUGAAGAUCGAUGUUGACCCUACGUUCAACAUCUUAAGGUGGUCCCUUUUUAGGCUCGUCGCGGCCCAGACGACACUCCAUUAUUACGGUUUCUGGAUUUGAAGUCGACUCGAAAUGUCGGCAAUAAACCACCUGAAUAUUGAACCAGGCACGUCUACUGUAGAAGACCCACAGAGCAUUACCUCCUCUUGGACCACAUCACAUGCGGCUUUUUUGCCCGCCACCGAUCACGACGCAAUGAGCGUGCACACGACCUACGAAAUGCAAAAGUGUCUGGGUCUGGAAGGUUGGAACUUGUGAUGCUAAAUUUGGACUCUAUAAAAAAUCUGUACUGCAUGACCAGCAAAAGGAGUCUAGUUUGUGUGAUGCGGGGAGGGCAUUUGUCAUGCGGAGUAGGCACGAUCAGGAAGCCCUCUAAAAAUCUGUGAUGCUAGGUCGCGCAUUACAGACAUCCUAGGCCGCUAUGCAAAAUGUGCAUGACAAAUCUCGCAAUCUCCCAGACCCAGACAUAUUUGCAUUUCACACGACCCAGCAGGACACGAAUCUGGAGCCGACCCCAACUGCUAAAAAUAAUCCUCCCACCACGUCGGAGGUGCUGCCCGGGCGGUUCUUUCCAGAUUUGGUGCACGACCUGGAUGAAGUAGACGCAUCGGAUAAAAAUGCGGCGAAUGUUGGCGAUGAUCAACAAGAGGUGGAGGAACAAGAUCAGCAUGAGUUCACUUCCCCUGACCUCCUCGAAGCAGAACCGCCCGAUGAGAAGAUCGUCAUUGUCGCCGUUUCCUCCGCAACCAGCAUCCCCAAGGCCUCCCAAUUGCUCCUGGAGCAGGUUUAUCAAAUGCAAAAAUGUCGGGGUCUCGAAACUUGUGAUGCUGAAUUGCGCAUGAUUGAAGCGCAGCUUCCAAUGGCAGCCAAGCAUGACAAGUUUUUGAGACGCCUGCUGAUGCCUAGGACGCAUUACAAAUUGCGUUUUAUUUGCAUGACAAAGAAAUAAACUGCUCUACUUUUGCUGCUCAUGCAACACAGGUUUUCCAGGAAUGCAAGACACGCAUUACAAGUUCCACUUUUCCAGACCCAGGCACUUUUGCAUUUGAUAAGGUUUGCAAAAAACUCAACCUGCCGGCCGGCUACAUGCGGACCUUCAACGAGACGGAGCUGUUUCUCAUGCAGAACCGGAGGAAAAACAGGAUAUGAAUUGCAUCAAAAUCAUCGUACUAGUAUGAAUUGCAUUACAAAUUGACUUGAAUUUGUAAUGCGGAUUAGCCUUGAGAAAAAGAUUUGUAAUGCAUAAACGCAAUUAGUACAAGUGCGAUGCUUGUUUUGCAUUCCAUACAGGAGGAGUUCGAGCAAUUCGUCUUCGAGAAGUCGAAGCAGGAGUAUGAGACAGCACAACUCCCCCGCCUCCCCCUCUUUUGUAAUGCAAAAUUACUAAACUCACAACUUGCUCGUAAGCACUGUCAAGCAUGACAAAUUAUUUUGGAACCUCAAAUAGUACUACAAACAACUACCCGCAAUCAUGCAAAUUUGUCAUGCCAAAGCCUCUUUUCUGCUGUUGCUCGUGUUUCUGUUCAUCAUGCCAUACAAAUGAGGGGGAGUGGAACGAGUUCUUGUGCACUCUCAUAAGGAGUGAGCAUGGGCGAGUUGUCGCUUCUUCAGUCGUAUCCUGUGCAAAGGUAUCGUACUCGUAUUGCAAUCAUGCAUUCGCAAAUUUUUUUCUUAGGGUAAAUCCGCAUAUACAAAUUUUAUUUCUCAUGCUGAGGAAAUUUGUAAUGCAUUUAUACGAGUGCGGUGCUUUUCGAGUGCAUAAGUCGGCGGACCGCCACAGAACGACCCCACCACCCCCGUCCCCGGGACGAUAGCGGCCGUUGGUGCUAUCAAAAGGACAAAUCCCCCGUCCCCAUAUCGAAAGCCAUUUUGUGUUGCUGUAUUUGAGUACACAGAUCAAGUUUGUCUUGCAUAUAAAGGACUGCACGCAGAUCGUCCGCCUAAGGGGGGGCCUCUUGUCGUAGGGACCUAGCAUGGCAGACGUCUGCGCUAUAGGCCUUGCAGCGUUACAAAUCGCCUGCAUAUCGUGGCGGAGUCUCUGGGGUUGUCCUCUUGCAAGAGAGGCAGGGUCUGUGGUCACAAAUCAGCAUCGAAAAAAUUUAGAGACAUACCUUUUCAGUAUGGGGAGGGGGGAUUUUUCCGUUUGAUAUGGGCGGGAGGAUCUUCCUCCUCCUCCUCGAGCAAAUCAAAAUCCUGCCCAGUGGUUUACGCGAAUUGCAACUCGUUGAAAGAGAGACUUCAAUUGAUCGAGCAAAUGCGAUUAGAAUACGACGACGAUACGUGUCCGAAGAUUGGACCCGGAACCGAAUGCGUCAUCUUCAUUGACGACGUCCUUGCGUCGGGCGCAACCUACAUGCGAACGCAAGAAGCGCUGAUCAUCCGGAGGGGAUUAAAGCCGGAAAAUCUACACGCGGCGGUGCUGGUGAAUUUAGCUGUGGAGGAAGGCACUGGGUCUGCGAAUGGGGAAAAUGCAGGGCAUGACAAGCCAUCUUCUUUCAACCUCGAAGGGAGCUUCAACCACUUGUCUUUGAACGUAGAUUCGCCGACGCACAUUUUGGUGGAGAUUCUAAAAAGGCAGACGGAGGGGAAGCCGGUAUACUAUUUUGACUUUGAGUUUCUUGAGCUCCCAGCGGUCCCGCAUUGUUGUACACUGUUUUAAAAGAUGCGACGAGUUUUAGUUUUUGACAUGUUGACAUAUCGAAAUAUUAAACUCAGGUUUGGAAGAUGCUGACAUUCCUCCUAAACUCCCUUCCGGACAAGAACUACUCCAUACCGACUGCAAACAUGUCUGCGUCUGGAGGAAUGCAACUUGUGAUGCUGCAUUUGGAUUCCAAAAAGAUCUGUACUGCAUGAGCAGCAAAGGGAAUGUAAUUUUUGCUACGCGGAGAUGAGGGCAUUUGUGUUGCGGAAUAGGCAUCAAGAAGCCCUCAAAAUAAAGUCUGUGACGCCAGGGCAUGCAUCACAGACAUCGCGGCUCAUGCAAAACGCGCAUGACAAGUCUCAGAAUCUUCCAGACAACCCAGACACAUUUGCAGUUCAUACGCCAAGCUCUGUGCGUAUUUGAAUAACCGAAAUUCGCGCACCUCGACUAAAAUCAAACACUGGCUAAUCGACGCGACCAUUGAAUCUGGCUUGCAGAAGGUGUAUGAAAGCCGGUUUCACCUGCUCCGCGGGACCAAUGAUGAGGACCAAUUUCUCGAAAACGUCAACAACGCGACCGGGGUAGCGGCAGCAGCCGUGGGGGAGAAUUUUGAAAUCGGGAAAAACGGCGGAAAGAAAAACCAUGUCGGUUUGAAGUCAGGGAGCGGACGAUUCGGAAUUGGGAACAAACAGCUGAAGCGAACGACGACGGUGGGAUAAAGCUAAAAACAGGGGAUGGAAAAAUUAUAGACGAAGGAGGUGAAGAGCAAGUUGGUUUUCACGAAUUUGUUGAUGUACGAGUGGUUUUCAUCUUCGGGCUGGAGGACAGCACACAAAUCAGCAUGGCGAGGAACAACAUUCUACUGGCAGUAGAGAUGUGCUGACUGUUCUUGUGAUGGUGGUAGGUCCUUCUCUCGACGGUACUAGUUGUACUUCUACGUGGGUUUUUUGGCUGCAACGGCUACGGCCCGAAACGUGGACGAUCACGAUGGACGAGCGUGGUACAACUGGAGGUUGAAAAAUAUCUACUUGCUGGGAGAUGUUGUUGACGUCCACAACUUACAAGGGAUGGCUUAGAAGUGUGGAACCUCCAGCACCGGGCUGCGUGAUCCCGUAGGGCCGAGGGAGGAGGUUCUUUUUCGUGUGGAAGAUGAUCAGACUAGCAGUCAGACGCCGAGCAGAGGACCACAACAGGAGGUGUUUGUUUGGGGGUAAUAUUUUUCAGGUGUCCGGGAGGACGAGGGCGGGCAGAAGUCUUCAAGCUCCUUGCGCGGUGGUGGUCGUGCUGGGUCGUGCUAGAAGUUUGGCUGAAUUUUAUGAAAGGAAACUUUUUCAAGAAUCAUUGAAGAGAUGAAUUUCUACUUCGCGGCUAUCGCUAUCUUGUAAUAGCAGGGGCUUUAUAUUAGCAGGACGAAGUGUACAACUCUUGUUCCGACUAUUUGGAUAAUGUUGUUGUUUCGACGUACGAAGAUAUAUAAUUUGGGCUUAGACGAUGACAAACUUAAUACGACACUACUUGUUGUUCCACGGAAGAGCUGUUGGACGGGAGAUGCUAUUCCGGUCGACUUGAAUGAUUUUCAAACGAGUGAGAAUUUAUUUUCCUUCGUGUGCUGGAGUAGAGGAUAAGAUUGGUUGCACGACUUGUUGAUAUGGGCCUUUUUGUCUUAACGCUCUGAGCUGCUCCGACAGAGACGCAACGCAACGACGCAACGCAGCUCUGGUGCUCUCUUCUCAUGAUGGUCGACGUAUUGACAAUCUUCCCGGCUAGGAAGGCUACUUACACGACAAGCUGUUUUUUCCCCGACGCCACUUACUACUUAAUCGAUACUUCUUCUAUGCAGAAUGGGUCUAGUAUCUUCAAUCGGAACCCGAACCUCGCUGAAAUUCUUCUUGUUUUCCAAGUGAAUGAUGAUGAACUUUUAGUUUUACUAGUACAACCACUAGCGACUUUUUUUCAUCCGCUUUAGUACCUGGCCACGUAUGUAGAUUUCUUUCUUUCUUUAUUACAACCCUCAUGACGAUCAUGACGAAAACCAUACUCUACAAAAGAUGUUGAGAAAAGGGCUCGUUCUUGCUGUGUGUCCAAAAGUGAUGUUAAAAAGCAGGCUCUAGUUCUUUUCUUCGACACGACAUAAGGUCAGAAUUGAUCAAGAAACCUUUUUUCUCGCUGCAAUAUACAAUUUUGCCUUGCAUAAUUCGCCUGAAGUAGAACAACCACGACUGGAGCAGUUGUAUUCGUCCUCGAAGAUGAUGACCAGGGCUGCAGCGAGCUCGCAGAAACAAGAGAUGCCCAUCGUAGUUUUCAGAAGUAUUUUAAUUCUGAAGGAGCAUUAGCAAGUG